GGCCACCUGCGCCGCACCUGCACAAGGACCGCUCGACCCCGCGCCUUGCGACGCGGUCCGCACGUUCCAAGCAGCGGGCGCCCCCAGCAACUGACAAGGCGUCCCGACGGGGCGAGAGGAAUUCGCUUCCCCCGCGACGCAGAUUGUUUUCCUGCGCUCCAGUUCGCUGCGCGCCGGCCGAGCGCUGCUACUUCCUGCCACGAUGACAAGCCACGCGUCGUGAGCGAGGCGGCUUGCGGGCGUUCUUCGCGGCACACGGACGACGACGCCUUCGCUGACCGGAAUUCAGCGUCGUACGACUUGUCCUCGCAGCUUGCAUCACCCGCUAAAGUGUGGCCGACGCCGUUCGGCCCGCCGCGUGCGCGCUUAUGACAGCCGCGGUGCGCUGAGGGGUGGAGCUGGCCGCUUCUCCUGCCGUGUGUGCCAAGCUUCGGGCAUUGCUGCCGUACGACGAGGAGGUUACGAUGGGUCAAGUGCUCCAGAAGGUUCACGGCUCAAAGGAGCCCAAGGUGUCGUGUUUUCGACGCAAGAAGCUCCUGUGCGAGUUCAACACUUUCUACGACCUUAACAAGGACGGCGUCAUAACCAUUGACGAUUUCAACCAAGCAAGGCUGCACAUCUGCAGGCUGAAUGGCUGGAAGGAGGGCUGUCCAAAGUACGACAAGACAAAGGAGCUCUUCGAUGAAAUAUGGACGCUGCUUAGACAAGAUGCUGACUGCGACUCAGACGAAAGGAUCACCUCUGAAGAAUGGAUAAAGCUUUGGGAACGCCGCACAAAGCUAGAAAGCCAGGACCAGGAGGAAGGUGCACCGAAAUGGCUUGUUGCUUACCUGUGGUUCCGCUUUAACAUGUACGACAGGACAGGGGAUGGCGUAAUAGACUGCGACGAGUUUAGCUACGUACUGGAGGACUUUGGUAUACCUCAGAGGCAGUCCAGACAAUGUUACCUAAUUAUGACUGAGAACGACACAAGGAAGUUGGACUACAACUACUUCUGCGAGCUUGCUGAAGAGUACCUGACUUCAGAAGACGAGUGCGCCCUCGGUAACUUCAUCACAGGAAGGCUCGAUUUCCGCCAUUGACUCUAGUUACGUCUCAGUGCCCAUUCGCACGCUGGUUUGGUGCCUUCGAAUGUCGACGAGGCUGCGUAGUUCAGCGUGACCCUGGACAGCGACGUGCAGUAUUAUUCUCCCCGCUCGCCGUGCGCAAGCUUCGUGCACCUUCAGGUGCAUCAAUGUAUUUAUCACUUCGUCUACCACCGGACGUGUUGUGGUCUCUCACUUUACGCCGCAGAAAAACGACGCCUCCAUGUUUUAUAAGAAAAUAAAUGCUCUAUAGGCCCUGUAUAUGGCUGAGUU